AUGAGAAGGGUAGGUUCUGAAGGUACCAGCAAUGAGGCUCUGGUUGCUAGAGGGAGGAGUGGUGACAGAUCAAAGUCUGGUCACAGAGGAAGAUCGAGGGGACGGUCAAAGUCCCGUGAUAAAUCUGAUAAAUAUGAAAUGAGGUGCUGGAGGUGCAAACAGGUUGGACAUCUGAGAAGGAAUUGCAUAAGUAAAAGCGUAGGUCCUGAGAAGCGGGAUGAUUCACAACCUUCUGCUUCGGGUAUAAAGAAGGAUGAUGAUGAUAGUACAGGGGACCUGUACAUGGCGUUUGACAGUCAUAGUGACUGUAAUGACUGGAUUAUUGACACUGGAGCAUCGUUUCAUAUGACACCUCAUAGGGAAUGGUUCUGCACCUAUGAAUCAUAUUCUGGCGGUACAGUUAGAAUGGGAGAUGACACGACUCAUGCAAUUGUGGGGCGUGGGAAGGUAAAGCUGAAGAUGAGUGACGGGACAGUCAAGAAUCUGCCGGGUGUGAUGUAUAUUCCGGGGCUUACUAGAAAUCUGAUCUCCGUUGGUACUAUGGCAGAUGCUGUGCGUGAUUAUACUUUGAAAAAGGCCCCUGGUGGUAAGCCUGCUAUGUCAAUUAAUAAGAAUCUUGCUUCGAAGAACCAGAAUGCCAAAGGAAAAGGUGCAAACAGACCAGUGCUCGCUGUGAGUGCUUCAGGCAGUAGAUCAAAGAAUAAGAAGGGCAGUAGUGGAGCUGGAAUAGUUCAUCAGGUUAAGCUGGAUCAACAGAAAGGUACUAGGUGGGGAGAUUUGAUGAUGAUGGGUGAUUGCUCCAAGGAGGUAGCUAAUUCUGAGCUCAAGAAGUCAGCAAAGGUCAGCUUAAAUAGGGAGGAGACAGUGGAAGAUCAAGAUCCUCAUGAUCAGGGUAUGAAGGAAUUUCACAAGGUGGAUGAGAAUAAGGAAGGUAUGGAUUUUGUAUCUGCUGAGGAUAUCCCAAGUAGCUCAUCUAUGCAUGUUGAUAAGGAGGUAAUUAGUGAGGAAGAAAUUGCUAUCCUAAGAGAAUCAGGUUUUGUGAAUAAUGAUAUAAGUAGCAAGAACUUAGAAAUCUUGCAUCCUUUUCAAAAUUCACGAUGA